AUGGAUUCCCUUCGACGAAUAUCCUUUGCCACCCUUCUCCUCGCCUCCCUCCGCCCCGCCCUCGCCCAACACGCCUUCAACUGGGGCUUUGGCCAGAACUUCAUCCAAACCUCCUUCGCCGAGUGCGAGAGCCAUGCAAUCAAUCUUAUCCCUCUCAAUGCGUCGACGACCGACAUCGGCCAGCCCCCAUAUUAUAUGAUGGCAUUCGCCCCGGAAAGCACCACCAUAGUCUCUCUCAUUGGCGACGAUCCCUCCCAGCUUUCAUGGCAGAACCAGCAUCCCCGCGGUUCCAAGUUGCUCCUCACCGUAGUCGAUGGUCUAGGCAAAAUUGGUGGUUUCCCUGCUCAGUUCUACAACGUCGUUGCGGGCUCGGACACGUCCUGCAUCCCCGCCGCACCAUCAAAUCCGGCGGUCGUACACUCGAACGUCACCUCCCUCACCACCUGCGAUCCUUGGGGGUUGACUAUCACCGGAGGCCAGAAGCCGUACAAUGUCUCGCUCGCAGCCAUUGACUCCCCAGUGAUCACUAACGUCACAAUGGGACCCGCGGACGACGUCUUCACGUUCAUUGAUCGUGCGGACCCCGGCACUCAGAUUCUAGCCGCGGUCGUCGAUGCCACUGGGACAUGGGGCAUAUCAUCCAUUAUUGUCAAGUCCGGCGGCCCUUCCGAUACAUUCUGCGGCGGGCUCCCGUCGACGUCCAAGACCACGGCCGAGAUCCAGCAGGAAGCUUCUGACCGUGCUGCGGCCGCGGUGGCGGCCGCGAAGGCCAAGUCAACCACGAUCGCUCUCGGCAUCGUCUUCGGACUAAUCGUGCCUCUGAUCCUUGCUGGUAUUGCGUUCUGGUGGUGGUGGCGGAAGAACCAGGCCGAACGAGGACUCGUCGCGCGCCCGUGGGACAGCAGGAUGGAGGAGCGCGCGCCAGGACGCCCGAGCCUCAACGUCGACACCUCCGUCGUGCGCACCACCGCACACCGCCAGCGCACGGCGUCCUGGGUCGUGGACGCGCAACAGGAGUCACCUGUGCACCGGACGGACAGUCCCUCGUCGCUCGACAUGUCCACUGCCGACCUCGGCAACCAUGGUUCGGACGGCCCCGUCCCGUAUCUCACCUCAACCCGCUAUGUUGCCAACGCGUCGAAUUCCUCAAUCACGCCCUCGCCGUCGUCACAACGGGUGCCCCCUUCGGCCGUCUCGCGGUUGAUGUCGAUGGAAAGGUCGCCCAUCUCCCAUCCCGAGGCCGCCGCAACGCACUCGAGCACCCCGAUGACUAUGACGCCGAUGACGCUCACCCCACCGAUACUCACGCCCAACUCGACCUCCCCCGCCGCCACGCUCUCCCCCUCGCAGCGGUACCGCAAGGCACUCGAAGCACACGCCGAGGCGCAGGCCGCGCGCGGGCGGAUCGUCCUCGGCGGGAGCUCCAGCGGGGGCUUCCAGGCCGCCGGGCCGUCGAACUCUGCGGGGGCCCUCGCGUGCAGCGGCUCGUCCACGCGGAUGGCUGCGGGCACGAUCCCAGAGGUGGGAGGCUUUGGGCCGGACAUCAUCAUCCAGCACCGGGACGGAGGGGUGGUGGAGGAGCUCCCGCCGCCGUACCCCGCGGAGGGCUCGCCACGAUACCCUGGUCUUCCCGCGAACCCUGCGGAACCGCCGCGUUCGCCACCGAGGUCGCCGCCGUACGUGGAGUCGCCGAUGAUGGAGCAGCACCCGCCGCCGACGUCGUGGAACUCGUCCAUCGCGCUCACGGCGUCGCCGUCGAGUGUGUCGGUGCUCUCUGCAGCGUCCGCUCUGACAUCGGAGGCGCCUCUUGUGACGCCUGGGCCUCCACGCUCGCCGCCGUCGUCGCGACAGCGCCCGCCGUUGGGGGCGGGAGCGGUGCGGAGAGGCAGCGGAGACGACAUGUCCGCGGCCGGCUCGACAGCAGGGACGCCGGAUGUGUCAUAG